AUGUCCACUGGCUCGUUGAGCGACCCGGAGGAGAUGGAGCUGCGGGGGCUGCAGCGGGGGUACCCAGUCCCCGCCUCCGCCCGGCCGCCCCUCCAUCGCGCCGAGCGCAGCGACGCCUCGCGCAGUGACAUCUCCUCGGCCGAGGAGGAGGACCCCGACGGCGAGGAGGAGCGCUGCGCGCUGGGCGCGGCCCGGGGCCCUGGAGGCUGCAAAAGGAAGCGGCUCUGCGAAGCCGGCGGCGGAGGCCAGGUCAGCCUCGGGGGCCCGGGCGGCGGCGGCGGCAGUGGCAAGAAGCCUCUCCAGCCCAAGGGCUCGGCCGCCGAGUGCAAACAAUCGCAGCGGAACGCGGCGAACGCCCGCGAGCGCGCCCGGAUGCGCGUGCUGAGCAAAGCUUUCUCCAGGCUCAAGACCAGCCUCCCCUGGGUGCCCCCAGACACCAAGCUCUCCAAGCUGGACACGCUCAGGCUGGCGUCCAGUUACAUCGCGCACCUGCGCCAGUUGUUGCAGGAGGACCGCUAUGAGAAUGGCUACGUGCACCCGGUGAACCUGACCUGGCCUUUCGUGGUCUCUGGACGACCCGACUCGGACACCAAAGAGGUUUCUGCAGCAAAUAGACUUUGUGGAACCACCGCUUAG